AUGAGACACAGUCGUGUUCAGGAUCAUAAAUUGGAAGGAGAAUUGUUCACAAUAGCUGGACGUCCAGCAGGAGCUACUGGCGAUUUCUGGUCUAGUCUUAAAAGAAUCAAAGAUAAAGAUGAUUUAUUUGAACCAUUUGUACAAUGUUCAGUAUGUGAUAGACUCUUCGUAUACGAACCAAAGAAUGGCACAACAACGCUUAGUUUACAUGUUCAAAAUUGUUUGAAACAAGAAAAAACAUUAAAAUCACAGCCACCAAUUAGUACAGCAAUGAAAACAACAACCACAAUUAAUUCAGAUGAGAAACGAUCAGUUACAAUUGCUUGUGCUAAAUAUUGUGCAUUUGAUUUAAAAUCAUGUAAUUCAGUUGAUGAUCAAGGUUUCCAACAAUUAUGUCAAAAAUUAAUUGAUAUUGGUUAUAAAUACGGUGGUGUCCGAAGUGGUUUACCAAAUGCAAAAGAUUUUUUACCAGAUCCAACAAAUAUAUCACGUACCGUUAAACAAUUAGCCGAACAAUAUCGUGUUAAAUUAAAAGAUUUAUUACAACAAGAUUUGAAAAAAAUAAAAUUAUUUAGUGUAACUUUAGAUUAUUGGAAAAAUGAAAACGAAAAUCACCUUCGAUGUAUUUGUCAUGGUAUUAACUUAGUUGUACUCCAUAGUUUAUCAGCUUGUCUGUUAAUUGAUGAAUUAAUUACGUCGUGUCGAGUAUUAUCAAGUCAUUUUAAGCGAUGUGAAUUAAAUCAUUUAUUACCUUCAAUAUUAAAACAUGAUAAUGAUACACGCUGGAACAGUAUUUACGAAAUGAUGAAUUCAAUAUCAAUAAAUUAUAAACAUAUUGAAGGUGUUUUAGAUGGUAGAGGUGGCGAUGAAUCAGAAAAAUUAGAUAAUAUUGGUCACCAACUCGUAACGCAAUUAUGUGAUGUAUUACUACCAUUUAAAUUAGGCAGUGAACGAUUCCAAGCUGAUUUAGAACCAACACUUCAUUUAGUACUUCCAUGGAUAACAAAAUUAAAACAACAUUGUACAAAAGAUAAAGAAGGUGAUUUAUUACCAAUAAUUCAAUUAAAAAAAGAAUUAUCAUUAAAAUUAGAUGAAAAAACAUAUUUAACACAAAUUCAUUAUAUAGCAACAUUUCUUCAUCCCAUAACAAAAAAUUUAUCGCAAUUGAGUUCGACGAAACGUGAAAAAGUCCAUGUGGAUAUAAUGGCUGAAUUUGCGAAUGAAAAUCAAGAUGUCAGAGACAGUGAUGAUGAAAAAGACGAAAUUGAACAAUAUUUAAAAACAAAAAUGAAAUUUACAAAUGAGGAUAAAUUAUUAGGAUGGUGGAAAAAGCAUUCACUUAUCUAUCCACAAUUAAGUAUUUUGGCACAAACAUUAUUCGGUGUCCCAUCAAGUUCAGCAACAGCUGAAAGAGUGUUUAGUUCAAGCGGAAGAAUAUUAGAAAAAAGGCGCCAAUCAUUAAGUGGCGAUACGGUUGACGAUCUCUUAUUCUUGCGAAAUUUUAGAAAAAUCUAA